CAUAGCAAAGGGGGUGGGGCUGCACUAACCUCAAAUGAAUAUGCAGUCCCUUGAAAAGAUCUACAGAGAAGCUUGCUUGCUGGAUUUGAAGUACAAGCAUCUCUCUGAUGCAUGUGAGUCCCUGCUGCAGCCGUGGCCUAACAGAUAUGUUAAUGGACAUAUAAAAAAAGAAAACACAAAGGGAGGACGAAUAUCAGAUUCUGUACAUCAGUCUGACCAAGAUGUAGCGAGUGCAGCAAAGGACUUGACAGACCUACAGAUUCUAGACAACAUCCUCUCGAAAGCACAGCAAGUUAGAGAGGGUGAUAACAUACUGAUUCCUAGAAGGACCAUAGCAACAAGUAUGGCCAUGGCAACACAUGCGUAUGGCCAAACAAAGCGUCCCUCCAAGAAAGCAUCUAAAUCUUCUAGCAAAACUACAACAUUGAAAACACCUUGGCAACCCCUGCAAGACAUAGCGGUGUCUUCUACUCAUUCCAAAUAUGAUACUGGCUUAAACCCAACGCCCCCCUCCACUCCAUCAGAUAAUACCAGUGAGGGUGGUAGAACACUCCCCUCCACUCCAUCAAGUGAGGGCACGAAGGGAACAGUGUUCCUACUCCAAGCCAAUGGGCAGAGGCUAACAAUGCCAUCAAAAUAUAUCAAGCUACGAAAAGUCUUAACAAGGCUGACGUCCCAACAACAGGGAGCAUCACAUGACACCCGCCACUGUGAGGGAGCUGAACACUUCUCACAAAGAUUGCUCUCUGAGGUAUCACCGUCUUAUAUCCAGAGCAAUCUACUCUACACACAUACACAGGGGGAGUCUGUUCUGAUUGAGUUGCUGUUAGCACUGGAAGAAUGGGCUCUCGUCAAAAAAGAACUUUUAGCCAUCACCCCAAAGGAAAAGGCCGGUGUGUCUGACACAUGGCAGGACCUGCUGAGAGUGAAGACCAAGAUGGAGUCACUUGUAGCAAGAGAAGUAUCGCUCAACUACCUAUCCAAAGACACAAGUAAGGCUUCCCCUUGUCUGCCUAAAGGACCUGAGAUGACUUCAAGCGCUGUGUUUGCAUAUGUGGAGCUGGAGAGAGUGAUACAAGUGACGCUACUAGAGACACAGCUGCUGUAUGAGUCCUGGGAGACACACUUUAUAGAGGACAUUGGGACAACUGUUAUUCCAUUACUGAAACAAACAUCACCAUCACAUGAUCUGGUUCAGUGCAUUCACAAACUAUUAGGAACUAAACCAUCCGCUCAUUUAUCAGUUGAUCAUCAAUGUUAAUUAGUACAUCAUAAGCAAAUGUGUUAAUUUCAGUAUAAUAAACAGGAGCAAAUUAAUGCUAUAACUUAUAUGAAAAUUAUUUAAUGAUCAAUAUAAAAAUAUAAAAAUAAUUGUCAGAGUCGAAAUAAAAA